UAGGUGUGACAUGCAUUGUUGUUCAUUAUUCUUCGAAUUAUAGUAUUGGCGGCUUUAGCAUGGACUUGGUUACGCCGAUCAUCCAAGACUGAGGCGCUGGCUCCCGAAUCGGACCAUCACACGGACCUAAAUGUCUCACAACGGGAGGCAUACCCACCAUGGCACCAAUAGACGGAGACACUCCGUUCCCCGUGAUUCCACACAAUAUUGGCAAAGGUACGGUACAGGACAUCAAAGAUUGGGGGUUGGAAGCAGUGGCCAUUCUUGCGACGGUUUUCGUUUUGAUCUUAGUACUGGUUGGCGCCCUGAAGCUCCGCAAUUGGGGCAAGUGGCGGAUCGCCCGGCCCGUGGAUGCAAGCAAACCAUAUCGAGAACAGCAUUGGGUGCAGACUUGGCAUGGCUGGGUUUUAGCAGAGUCUAAAAGCGGGAGAGAGCGUCUGCCGUGGAAAGAUGCACUGGAUGCCAUCUGCAGACGGAUACGGUACACAGUCCUCAGACGACCCGACCCACUCAACGAUGAUAGGAGGUUCGAAAGUGUCAUGGCGGACCCGGACAUCUUUUCUUUAGACCAGAUCUUACCCGCGCUGGGCUUUGACCGGACGAUACGCCCGUCGUGGCUCGCUGCAGAGAUGCGAGGAUGGGAUCCACUUCCCGACACUCAUGCAGAAUCGGUUCGAAUCGCUGUGUCGAUAGAUGGCGAGACUGUCGAGGAUAGGACCUUGGUCAUCGUCAAAAGGAGAAAUCCUGCAGGACAUCGCUACCGACUGGACGGAACGUACGACGAGGACUUUCGCAGCUGGACUCGCAGCGUCUCGUCUGGAGUGGCACAGAACACAGCGGACCAAGCAAAAGGAGGUCUUCUAGAUUAUGACCCGCCUUCGGGGAUCGCGGAUCAUGCAUCCAGGGAGCGUCAACCAUCCAGAAUUCCAGGUUUCCGGGCGGCGAGAAAGCUGAGAGCCGAGCACAAGAAACGCGCGGCCUCCGACCAGUAUGCUUAUUCACAGUUUGGGGCUGUUGGGAUGGUUCCAGAAGCUCACCGAUGCACCUCCUUGACCAUGGGCUUUCCGCAAAGAGUCCCACCCAUCCACGACCACUCACCAGGAAACCGUCGAACCAGGACACCACGGUCGAAGGAAUCCGCAAAGGGCAAAGUCGGCAAGAAAGGCCGAGUGCGCCGAUCGCGGGCACGUCCACGCAGCCGCUCAACGCAAUGUACGGCAUCCAGCCGAACCGCAAGUGAUGUGCUUUUCCCGCAGCCAACCCACCACCCCAGUGGCAGGGGCGCAUGUCCACCUAGCCGACCUGAAAGUCCUGAGCUUUAUUUGGACGGGGCGGCGCAACGGAGUCCUAUGGCGCGGGCCUCGAGCUGCACGGUGAUGUCGCCACUCAGGUCGAUGGCCCCCAUGCUGGCUCGAGCGGCAAUCCGGGCGGAUGGGAAUCUGACCGGUGCGGUUCCUGGGAGCGGUGGGCAUGGGGUUCUGGAAGGCCAGCGGACCACAUCCACGUCGCUCGCGGAGACAUGGUAUACCGCCCAAUCGUCCCUGGCUCGGGCGCUGGUCAUCCUCUCGAACCACUCCGAGGAUUCCUGGAUGAUGCACGGGGCGCUUCCUUGGUCGGAGGGCGGUCAGAAUGGCAGCUCGGGGCGAUUGUCAGCGAGCGAUGAAGGCGAGAGCGAGGAUCCAGGAACCUGUCGCACGACGGGGGCCCCUAGUGACACGUCAGAGCGAACAAUCAUUCGCACAGCGGAUCGGGCCAUGUCACUACACUCCCUAACUGAGCGAGGCCGCAUGUACGGGGGGCUCGACGGGCUCGUUCCAUCGGCGGGGCAUGUCGCGCUCGAAGGAUCGAGUCUCGUGUGCAGGUCAGGCAACGAUGGACUGGACGAGCUGCAGGGAGACCCAGCGCGAUGGGACACGGCGAGCGAUAUGGCGGUCGAGACAACGCGUGCGGAGCGGAUCAAACGGUCUGACAGUCAGAAGAAGAAGAUCGCGGAGCUGUGGCGUCGGCGCACAAUUCAUAUUGACAAGGUUCAGCGGAAAAGAAACAUGGGGUAUGCCCGAUUUGCGGGAUUCGACAUUUGACCGUGGAAGGGAAGGGAAGGAGAGGAGAUAUUGGAGGAAUCCAAGUCCAGCAGUCAUUACGGCGCGAUCCAUUGCCUGAUGGUUUCCAAAACACGCUUUGAAUUGACCUCAUACUCCAAAGACUCCAUAGCUGCGGAUGUCCGCCAUUGUAUUCAUCUCACUCCACCCUGUCAUCGACCACUCUUAUCAUAUCCCGACUGACUUGACUCCCCGCUCCCCGUCUUCCCUUCCGACGCGUAUGUCGCGCCACCGAUCCCCCGGCCCGCGUAGAGCAUCUUCCCCUCCUCGACCUCGCUGGCCUCACCGACCGAGCCGACGGGCUUGUUUCCUCGGAACCGUUUCCGCAUGUCGAUCAUGCCUCGCUUGCACUGCGCGUAGCCCUUCUUC